AUGCGGGAUAAGGAGUACCGAAAUUUGUCGAGGGAACCUGCGGAGGAGCAGAUUCUGUGGCACCUGACAGUGUCAGGAAAGUUCCUUUUCAGGGAUGUGAGGAGGAUCCUGUGCUGGCAUGUGCAUAAGGAUCUUCGGUUCAAUCUGCGAGAGUGGCUGUCUCGGCAUCUAAGGGAAAAGAUCGCUUGCACUGUUAGGAAAGCUUUGUCUCUGGUCCUCCAGCAAGUGGUGGGAGAAAAACCAUCAUACUGGGACAUCGCAUAUGACGACGAUCUGCGGCUGACGUGGCUUACCGAGUUCGGGUACCGAGUUCACCCCACCGAUUGCUUUUAUGGGCCAGAGGUUUUCGGUGAUGGCAGUGUCUAUCAUAUAAAGUCCCAGCAGGACUUCGAGAGGCGUGAGCAUUCUCCUGAUCUGUAUUUUCCAAAGAGGCCAUCUCUUUUUCUCCCAGCAGCCCAUCCUUCUUUCCGUACAUGUCUGUCCGAAGAGGAACAAGAGGAGGUCCUGGUUCACCUUGGACCUCAGGGCGUCUGCGACGUGCUGGUCGCAUGCUUUGGGCGGGGGGACAAGGCGGGUCGGUUCCGAGAGGCUGCUGAGCGUGAGGACGAGUACCUCGGGCGGCUGAGGGCCGAAAGGCCGGAGCUAUUUGCGGAGCCUGAGCCGGUAGAGGAGCGUGAGCCGGAGUCUCCUAGUAGUUCUAACGGUCGGGAGCGUUCUACUGGAUGGGAUUAG